AUGGCCAAGGAGCUCAAGGUGCUGAAUGCGCUCGACGCCGCCAAGACACAAUGGUACCACUUCACGGCGAUCGUGAUCGCGGGCAUGGGCUUCUUCACCGACGCCUACGAUCUCUUCUCCAUCUCCCUCGUCACCAAGCUCCUCGGCCGCAUCUACUACUUCAACCCCAGCUCCAGGACCCCUGGCUCCCUCCCACCCAACGUCUCCGCCGCAGUGAACGGCGUCGCGUUCUGCGGCACGCUAGCCGGGCAGCUCUUCUUCGGCUGGCUCGGCGACAAGAUGGGCCGCAAGAAGGUGUACGGCAUGACGCUGAUGCUCAUGGUCGUCUGCUGCCUCGCCUCCGGCCUCUCGUUCGGGUCCACGCCUAAGGGCGUCAUGGCCACGCUCUGCUUCUUCCGCUUCUGGCUCGGCUUCGGCAUGGGCGGCGACUACCCGCUGUCGGCCACCAUCAUGUCCGAGUACGCCAACAAGCGGACGCGCGGCGCGUUCAUCGCCGCCGUCUUCGCCAUGCAGGGUUUCGGCAACCUCACCGUUUCGACGCGCCGGCGUACAAGGAAGGACGACCCCGCCGGCUCCACGGUGCCGCAGGCCGACUACGCGUGGCGCAUCGUCCUCAUGUUCGGCGCCACCCCGGCGCUGCUCACCUACUACUGGCGCAUGAAGAUGCCCGAGACGGCGCGGUACACCGCGCUGGUCGCCAAGAACGCCAAGCAGGCGGCGUCCGACAUGACGCAGGUGCUCAACGUGGAGAUCGUGGAGGAGCCGGAGCACGCGGAGGAGCUGGCGCGGCGUGAGCAGUUCGGGCUAUUCUCCCGGCAGUUCGCGAGGCGGCACGGCCUCCACCUGUUGGGCACGACGGUGUGCUGGUUCCUCCUGGACAUUGCCUUCUACUUGCAGAACCUGUUCCAGAAGGACAUCUACACCGCCGUGAACUGGCUGCCCAAGGCGGACACCAUGAACGCGCUGGAGGAGAUGUUCAGGAUCUCCAGGGCACAGACGCUCGUCGCGCUGUGCGGCACCAUCCCGGGCUACUGGCUCACCGUCUUCUUCAUCGACAUCAUCGGCCGCUUCAUCAUCCAGCUUGGCGGCUUCUUCUUCAUGACGGUGUUCAUGCUCGGCCUGGCCAUCCCGUACCACCACUGGACCAUGCCGGGGCACCACAUCGGCUUCGUUGUCAUGUACGCCUUCACCUUCUUCUUUGCCAACUUCGGGCCCAACUCCACCACCUUCAUCGUGCCGGCGGAGAUCUUCCCUGCGCGGCUGCGGUCCACGUGCCACGGCAUCUCGGCGGCGGCUGGGAAGGCCGGGGCCAUCAUCGGUUCCUUCGGCUUCCUGUACGCCGCUCAGAGCACGGACCCGAACAAGACGGACGCAGGGUGGUCGUUACAUGUUUGCAAGGCCAAAUCUACAUUGCCGUUGUUACCGUUUUGUGAACGAUUCGUUGUGUACUGGUAUGUUCAUGGCGAUGUCAAACCAGAGAAUUUCUUUCUAGGGACUCCUGGGACACCUGAAGAAAAGAUACUCUUCCUUGUUGAUCUUGGUUUAGCUACGAAGUGGAAGGAUAGUGCAACAGGCCAACACGUUGAAUAUGAUCAGCGACCAGAUGUUUUCAGUGCUAUACUAAAUCAAAUUAUCAGCAGAGGUAACAACAUGAAACAAUACAUGAUAUUUUUACUUCUCAGUCGUGUGCUUGGGAGAGAUGGCUACUCAUGA